AUGUCAAAAUUAAUUGCAGUUACAGGCGCAACAGGUUUUCUUGGUCAUUAUAUAGUUAGAGAUCUUUUAAAUAAAGGUUAUAGGGUAUUGGCAUUGGUUAGAGAUCCAAAAAAUGAAGAAAAAUUAAAAUCAUUAAAAUAUUUUAAUCAAAGUGGCGACGAUAGUAGACUAUUCUUCGAUGGUGGCGAUUUAGAAAAGGUAGAUUAUGGAAAACUUUUUGAAGGCGUAGAUGGGGUCAUUCAUACAGCAAGUCCAUUCAUUUAUUCAUCAGAGGAUGCUGAUAGAGAUAUUAUCCUACCAGCUAUAAAUGGUACAUUAAGAGUAUUGGAAGCUGCUGCUAAAAAUCCAACAGUUGGUAAAGUCGUAAUUACAAGCUCAGGCCUAGCAGUGUACAAUGCAUUCGGUGGCGAGAUAAAAUCUGAAUAUUCUGAUGACGAUUGGGCCAAUCCACCUAAAUCAACACCAUAUCCAUACUCCAAAGUCGCAGCAGAAAAAGCAGCAUGGGAAUUUAUAGAAAAGAAUAAUCAAGAUCCAACCACCAAUCAUUUUAAUCUUUCAGUUAUCAAUCCAGGUUUCUUUAUUGGUCCAAAUGCUGGUAUUUCAACUACACUCAACACAUCUGUUAACCUCAUUAUCCAACAACUCUUCAAUGCCUCACCAAUAAGACAAGUCGCUGUAGCUUUUGUUAAUGUUCAAGAUGUUUCCAAUGCUCAUAUCUUUGCAUUAGAAAAUGAAGGAGCCAACAACAAAAGAAUGUUAAAUGUACACCGUGUUAUAAACUUUAAAGACAUGGCUUUGACCGCAAUGAAACUAUUCCCAGAAUUCAAAUAUAAUGCAUCUCCAAUACCAGAAGACUCAAAUAUCUUUAAACUCGAACCAAAGAGAUUAAACUCAUUAGGUUUUACCGACUAUAUCAGUUUAGAUGAAACUAUAAAAACUAUGAUCCAACAACUUUUAGAUACAAAAGCAAUUAACCCAGAAAAAAAAUAAAUAUAUUUAAAAAAAUAAAUAUUAAUUAAUUUAAUAGUAUU